GUUUAUGUUUAUCAGAACCUAUUGUGGACAUAGCCUUAUGCUGAAAAUAACGACAUAAAGCUUGUGGACUUGGCCUUAAGUAUAUGUAUAUUGAAAAGAUUUUACCAGUGCUUACAUGUGUGCUACAUGUUUAUUUCAUUUCUGCUAAAAUAUUAAAAAUACAUUCUACAAUAAUGAGGUUAACAAAACUUUUGUGUAAACAACACAUGGGAAGAUUUAUCAAAUCACAUUGGUUUAUGAAAUGUAACCAGCCAGUUUUAGAAGAUGGAGCAGAAGCAGUUCUUAAAGCAAGAGGAAUUCAAGUAGUUGACCCUACAGAAUUUCUCAAUCCUAAAAAAAAUUUUGAAAGACUCACAUUUCCUCCUCCACUUGAAGGUUUUCCAGUAGAAAAUGACGAGACACAUCCUAAUUGGCAUGAUUUCCCAUGCCUAAUGUAUGAAGAUAAUGAUCUUUUAGUUGAAGGUGUUCCUCAGGGAAAAGUAUUAGUUAAAACUAUUCAGUUUGAAGAAGAAUUUCCACAGAGAAUUGAAAGUCUUUUUAAUCAGUGUCCUGAGAAUAUUCAUCAUCUUGUUUUAAGGUCACUGUUAAGUUCAAAUUUAUUUGAUGCCUAUCAAGAAAAAUUACCAAAAUUAAAGGAUCCCGCAAGACCUGCUUGGAAUUUCCCUCGGUCUUUAGGAAUAACCAGUGUGAGAAAAUCUUUUAACUUAUUGCACAAAUUAUUACAACUUUGUGAAUCUAUUAAUGGAGCUGAAGUGGCUUAUGAACGAAGUCUCAUUGAUAAUGGAAUCGUUGCUCUUUCUAUUGAAAAAGACCUUGAUUUAAUUCAAUUUUAUCUAACCGUGGAUAUGUUGAUGACAUCAACGUCCCCUUUACAACCAUUUUUGAAAAAGGCGGUGAAUCAGGAAUUACCAGAUCUAUAUCCUUUGCAUCACAGUAUUAGUUUAAGGAAAACUAAUAUUUAUGAGAAAAAGAACUUUUACCCGAUUGAUUGGAACCACUCGAAACCUCAUAUUCAUACAAUUCUAAUUAAUCACGAUCCUGUUGCUGUUAAGAAUUUGACGGAACUGCCAGUUGACGAGACACAAAUUCUUGCCCGAAACAUGUUGAAAGCCUUUACUGCAGCAGCGAGUUGCGCACAUAAGAGAUUCGGCAGCUCUGUACAGGAUCUCCCAGAACCAAUAGCAGUUCAAUGCAUUGAAACGGAUGGAGAAAAUUUUCAUUUUUCCAUUUAUCAACUAAACACACUGAACAUUAAUGGCAGAGAAGGUUUAAUGAAUUAUUGGUGGUCAUCUAAAAGAAUCAGAUUAUUUGACGGUGUCGACUAUUGUGAUGGAAAACCUCGUUUAGAAGGAUAUAAUCCAGAAGUAUUUAAGAGAAUGUAUGCUUUUUAUAUCAACAGUUGAUUUAUUUUUAUGUAAACAGUUAUUAACAUUCUUGUAAUAAAUUUUCAAAGUGUA